CUGUAAGAGCCCAAGUAUUUUCUUUAUUCUCUCUACCAUUAGAAGGGAACAAAAAAACGAGUCUUAUUCACUGUUCUCUCUCUACAAUUGAAAAGGAAUAAAGAGUUCCCUUGAGAGUGUUCAUUAUCCUCUCUCUCUCUCUCUUCCAUUGAGAAAAGCAAAAAAGAUCUGAAAUUUGAGGCAAAUCUGAAAUGGGUAUGAAGAAUUUGGUGUUGUUUCUCCUCUAUCUCGUAUCAUCAACAAUCUUUUUGGGAACAUUAAUAGCGGCCGACCAAACCCUAAUCCAGAAAACAUGCAGAAACACCCUUUACUACAAGCUCUGCAUAACUUCACUGAAAUCGGACCCCACAAGCCUCACCGCCGACACCAAGGGCCUGGCGGCGAUCAUGGCGGCGAUCGGCGCCGCCAACGCCACCGCCACCUCCUCCUACCUCUCCGCCCAAGUCCUCAGCGGCGCCACCACCAACGACGCCGACCUCAAGAAACUCCUCAAGCAAUGCUCCGAGAAGUACGCAUUCGCCGCCGAGGCGCUGCGGGCGUCGCUCCGGGACUUGGCCGCCGAGACCUACGACUACGCCUAUAUGCAUAUCACGGCGGCGGCGGAUUAUGCGAACGUUUGCCGCGACGGGUUCAGAGGACUGCCGGCGGUGCCUUAUCCGGCGAAGCUUGGCCGGAGGGAGGAGGGGCUCAAGCAUAUCUGUGGUGUGGUUUUGGGGAUUGUGGAUCUUCUUGGUUGGUGAGUGAUCAUCAUAUUUUUUUGUCUCUCUCUCUCUCCCUAAUCAUAAUUUGAAGAGGGCUUUUUUGUUUUUUGUAAGAAUUUAUUUGUGUGUGUUUUAUGUGAUCAAAUUCAUGUGUUGGAUGAUUUUAAAGGGGUUUGAUGACUCCUUACUAGCUUUGAAUUUACCCUUCUUAGAUUAAUGGAUUAGAAUGUUUAUAUAUUAGUGUGUGUUAAUGUGUUUGGGGGUAAAUUUGAUGAUUUGAAGGAAUCUAAAUUAUGUAUUUA